AUGGAUCUAGCAACUGCCGCCGCUGCCCUCCUGGGUGGGACUACAGUCGCAGCAUAUCUCAAUGCUAAAUUCCACUUGCAGAAAGAUAUCUCCGGCUUGCUAGCUGUGAGAAAAUCCGAGCGCGAAUAUGCCACUGCUGUCAGCCAACACAAAGGCAAUCCAUGGUUCAUCUUUCUGGCCACGGUGAAGCAAUACCCCGAUAUGGUCUGUCUCUGGACUCGGGAGAAGUCAUAUACGUACCGAGAAAUCUUGGAUCAGGCCUGCCAGCAUGCCCAUUUCUAUCUAUCCCAGGGUGUGAAAAAAGGGGAUCUUGUCGCCGUCUACCUCCAAAAUAGGGCUGAGUUUAUCAUUGCAUGGAUUGCCCUCUGGAGCAUUGGUUGUGCACCCGCCGCAAUCAACUAUAAUCUCACAGGCGAUGCCUUGGUGCACUGCUUGAAGAUCAGUGGCGCAGCCAUUCUCCUGGUGGAUGAAGACGCCGGCUGCCGGGCCCGCGUGGAAGAGUGCUGGGAUGCUAUCACUGGUCUAGGAAUGAAGCCUAUGACUCUGGAUGACACCCUGAAGGCGCAUAUUCGCACUUUCCCGACAGCGUUGCCACCUAAGGAAUUGAGCAAGCAUGUAACUGGCGAGUUCCCGGCUAUCUUGCUAUACACUUCCGGUACCACCGGUAUGCCCAAGGGCUGCGCAUUCACCAUGUCCCGCCUCUAUACCACUGUUUACAUCCGUCCUCAACUGAUGGGAGACAAGCCUGGUCCAAAUGGUGAUCGCUGGUACAGCUGUAUGCCCUUGUACCAUGGCACUGCGGCAAUCAGCAUGAUUGCUUGUCUGGUAGCGGGUGUGAGCAUUGCGAUCGCGCCCAAGUUCAGUGUCAGCAGGUUCUGGUCAGAUGUGCGCGACUCGGAAUCUACCAUUUUUGUCUAUGUUGGGGAGACUGCUCGCUACUUGCUCGCCCCGCCCCCGUCACCAGAAGACCGCAACCACAAGGUCCGCUGCAUGUACGGCAAUGGACUUCGACCGGAUGUCUGGGAUAAGUUCCGGGAACGGUUCGGCGUGCCGGAAGUGGGAGAGUUCUUCAACAGCACAGAGGGCAUCUUCGGUCUCUUCAACUACAACCGCGGUCCUUUCACAGCGGGCUGUGUGGGCCACCACGGUCUGCUUAUGCGUGGCAUCUUGCAUAAUGUGUUCGUUCCCGUUGCUAUAGAUCCAGAGACAGGUGAUAUCCUUCGGGAUCCCAAGACCGGAUUUGCAAUUCGCUCGCCAUAUGACCAAGGUGGUGAAAUCAUUGUCAACGUCCCGGGGGAGGAUGCUUUCCAAGGAUAUUGGCACAAUGACGAGGCAACAAACAAGAAGUUCCUGCGGGAUGUCUUCAAGAAGGGUGAUCUUUACUAUCGAUCAGGAGAUGCUCUACGCCGCCAGAGCGAUGGUCGAUGGUAUUUCCUCGACCGACUUGGCGAUACUUUCCGCUGGAAGAGUGAGAACGUGGCCACCGCCGAGGUCUCAGAAGUUCUAGGCCAGUUCCCCGGUAUCGCCGAGGCCAACGUAUAUGGUGUUCGUCUUCCUAAUCACGAGGGCCGCGCCGGCUGCGCAGCCAUCCAGAUCAUCCCGGAAGCACGCCAGACCUUCGACUAUAAAGCUCUCGCAACAUACGCACGGUCUAAGCUGCCCAAAUAUGCCGUUCCGGUCUUCCUUCGCAUCGUCGAGAAUUCCACCCAUAUCCACAAUCAUAAGCAAAACAAGGUGCCACUUCGUGCUGAGGGCGUCGAUACUUCGUUGAUCGGCACCAAGGCCCCUGAGGGUAAAGAUGAUACUUUCAUGUGGAUGGCUCCCGGUGAUCAGUUUUAUUCACCGUAUGGACAGAAGGAGUGGGAGCAAUUGUCGAGUGGGAAUGCUCGCUUCAUGGACUCCAUCGUCUUCUGA